GCUGAGCGGAGGUUGAGCCUGCGAAUUUGCGAGGGGGACUGCGCCGUGCUGAAGCGGGGCGACGUCUUCAAAGCCGUGCCCGUGCUGCGGAAGAGAAAAAUUAUUUUUGAGAAGCAGGGCUUCUAUCUGGAUAAUGCCAUUGGACAUGUGUACGGAACUACAUUUGAAGUAACAAGUGAUGGAAACCUGCAGCCAAAGAGACAGGUGGAAGAGACUACCACAGGAAAUUGUUCAACAGUUAAUAGAGAACAGUACGACAUUCCGAGACAAAACAGAAUUUGCUCAAGAUAAAUACAUAAAGAAGAAGAAAAAAAAAUAUGAGGCAGUUAUUACAAUUGUAAAACCAUCCACUCGCAUUCUUUCAACAAUGUAUUAUGCAAGGGAACCUGGCAAAAUUAUCCAUUUGCGUUAUGACACUCUAGCUCAGAUGCUUACUUUAGGAAAUGUCCGUGCUGGCAACAAGAUGGUCGUAAUGGAAACAUGUGCAGGCCUUGUGCUGGGGGCUGUGAUGGAGCGAAUGGGAGGCUAUGGAUCCAUUAUCCAGAUGUAUCCAGGAGGUGGGCCCGUUAGAGCUGCCACCAGUUGUUUUGGAUUUCCAAAACCUUUUUUCAAUAAUCUUCAUGAAUUUCCUCUCAGCAAAGUGGAUAGUCUUCUCUGUGGGACAUUGUCUAUGGAGACUCUGCCUUCAGAACCUGAAGACACCGCAUUAACAGAGGAAGAAAUGAACGGACUGGUUGAUGAGAAGCAGACUUCUGUACAGGGAACAGAAGAGGAAUCUUCUGCUGAAACAGCUAUGGAGAUCAACCAAACAGAAGAGCAGGAAAGAAUGGAUGUUAACGCUGAGGAUGCAGAAUUUAAAGAGAAUAAAGAAAGAGAAAACAAAGAAAAUGUUCGAGAAAAGCAAAGAAAACAGUGGGAGAGAAGGAAAAAGCUAACAGAAACUGCUGCUUUGCUGAGAGAGAAGAACGCAGAUGGCUUACUUGUAGCCAGCAAGUUUCAUCCCACUCCUCUAUUACUGUCUUUACUGGAGUUUGUUGCUCCUUCACGGCCUUUUGUUGUCUACUGCCAAUAUAAAGAGCCCUUAUUAGAAUGUUACACUAAGCUGAGAGAAAGAGGUGGUGUUGUUAAUCUAAAUCUAUCUGAAACAUGGCUACGAAGCUACCAGGUCCUACCAGAUCGAAGCCAUCCAAAACUGACAAUGAGCGGAGGCGGAGGGUACCUUCUAUCUGGUAUAACUGUUGUGCUGGAUAAGGGCAAAUCUGAUUCCAGUAAUUUAGAAGCACUGAAGAUGGAAGAGCCGUCAUCUAAAAGAUGCAAAGUUCAAGACCUUUGUUGUUAACAGUGGGAGAAUUGAUUUGUUUUUCAGAUCUCAGGAGAUACGUGGUUAGUAAAAUAACAGGUACAGUUUCUGUGCUCUGGACAGCACAGAAAUAGUGUCUGUCAUACAUCAGUCAAUGAAAAGCAGAAUUAUGUGGUAGGGAGAACUGUCUCUCCAUACCAGUUUACAUGGUCAGAAUAAGAAGAUAAACUGGGGAAGCAAACCUGUGUCAGACAUCACGCUGAAAGCACACUAACCUCAAAGAAAAGACCUGAUGGUCAGGCUGAGAAGUUAACGUGGACAUGAGUGCUUUCACUGAUGCUUUGUCUUUUCUUGUUUGUUGCCAAAACUGGAUAUGAUUGCGUAGUUUUUAAAACAUGAAUCUGAAUUAACACAAGUAAUUUUGCUUCUGAUUUUCCUAGAACAAAAUCAGGGUAAAACGUUCUGUGUAGUGAUCUGCUCCCUCUUUAGACACUGAGUCCUGCAGUGUUGAGUAAUCUAAGGAAGCAGCAUAAGCAGCAAAAAUUAUUCAUACAAGAAAGUAUUUUUCUUUCCAAAGGAGCAAUAAAAAGAGAACAUUAAUUCCAGAACUUUAUAUAAUGACUCAGUGUUUCCUGAAAUAAAUACAGGGGAAAGCAUAUGUUAGUAAAUUAAAUACCAAACACUUAACCAAUAUCUUUGUUAGUGUUACCUGUCAUUUUCCUGGUAGUUGUUCUGUGUUUAAGAUGUGACCAUUUUGAGAACUGCCAUGUGUAUAUAUAUUUAUUUUACAGUUUUAUUCUUUCAUAAUGUGUAGCUUUUUUUUUUUUUACCUUUGCAUUUGGCAUUGUAAUUAAACUGUGGGAUAUUUUUCCUAAUGAGAUUUAUUUUCUUAUUUCUCAAAAGAGGGAAAAUUACAGUCUAGUUAAGGUCUAGCAGAGGUUUUGUGGAAAGAAUACCUUUGGUGCUGAGCCGCUGGAUGGGAGCCCUAGGUGCAUUUGGGAACUCAGAGCCAGCAGGAUUGGGCUUCCUUUCUCCAACUUCAGCUUGACUGGAAUUUGGAGCUUUGGGGUCAAGUGAUUAGACUUCACAAAGAUGUAAAAUUCUCCAUCUUAAUAAGAAUGCUCUUUUAGGAGACUAUUAACUCAAAAUAAAAAUGGGUUAUAUUUUGUGUAAAGCAGCUACAGUUUUCCUGAGUGAAUAAUUAGAGUGUACCUAUCUUCAACUUUUUUUUCCCCCCUCUUUUCAUUAAAAAAGAUCUUAUUAUUUAUAUAGAAAAAUUCAGAAGACUGUAGAUUCCAUCCUCUCUUCUAUAUCCUCACUGCUGUGCAUACAUAAUCUGUUGUACUUUGCCCUUUAAUACCUUUUAAAACAGUUUAAGUAUUUUAAAU